AUGUAAAGUCAGUUUAUUGAGAAAGUUGAGAAAAAUCACUAGAACAUAAAAAAAUGCAACAAAAGUACUAUAAGUUGGCAAUUUUUAAUUUAAUCACGACAAUGAAAACUAAGAGAUCAUAUUAAAUGUAGGAUGUCAACAGGGAAUUUCCAGCAAAACAACCAUUCACUUCCAACCCCUUCUUCUACUCCAUCAAAAUCUAACACUCCUACUUCAACCAGUAACACAAUAAGUACACAAAUAGAAGGGCAAGGAUUGAGAAAAGACAUCAGAAGUUCGCCAUCUCUAACAUCUGGACAAUCCUAUGUUAUGUUACCACCACAUAGUCAGGCACAACAGGGAAAUCUACCUCAAAAUAUUAUAAGUGGUGCUGAUUAUUUUCAAAUACCAUAUGGUUCCAGGCAUCAAAAUUUAUACUUGUUUUCAGGAGAUGGAAACACUGUUACUUCUCAAUCAUUGGAAGGAAAAGAAAGUGAAAAAGUGGGAACAAACAUGCCAUCAAGAGUCAUCAAUAACAAUCCAGCAAGAGUUAGUCCCAAAUCUUUUGCCUCAUUACAAAUAAAUGAUUCUAAAAAUGAUAAAAUGAUAUCAGGAUAUGACAGACAGAUAGAUGGGCUUUCACCAUUAUCAGUUAUAGCAGUAUCUAAUUACUCUGAUGUUUGUCAUUCAAGUCCUAGUUUAACUUCUAGUGGAUUAACACAGUCUCAACAAGCUUUAAGAUAUCAAGCUGGAAAUGAUGCCAUGCUCAGUGCAAUUAACUAUACUGAGAGUGAUAUGUUGCAAGAAGGUGGCUUUGAUGUUCCAGUUACUUCCACAUUUGGAAAUCUGGAUGGCCUUCUGAAUUCAAUUGGUGGAGGAGUGAAUGCAUCAAGCAUGCGUCUCCCUGACUUACUAGAUGGUGAUGGAUCACAAGAACCUUACAUAGAUACUGCUCAAGAUUUACAACUUUCUCCUGAAUCAUUUACAACUGGGGCAGAAGGUUUUUCUGUAGAGAAUUCUUCACUAAAUAGAAUUACAGAAUCUGGAGCUGUUGAUUGUACAGAUGAAAGUACAAAACCUCCAGAUGCGGGAAGUUCGUCCUUGCCCGACAAACUUCGGGGAAAAGGUAGACCCGUAAAAGCUACAUCUCCAAGUCGACCAGGGACGCAACCAUGCCCAACAUGUGGAAAAGUUUUCAGUAAUUCUAGUGCAUUAACAAAACAUAAACUGACUCACAGUGAUGAACGUAAAUAUGUAUGCCAACUUUGCACUAAAGCAUUCAAACGACAAGAUCAUUUGAAUGGGCACAUGUUAACCCACCGAAAUAAAAAACCAUAUGAAUGUGAUGUUGAAGGUUGUGGAAAGAGUUAUUGUGAUGCACGAUCUUUGAGGAGACAUAAAGAGAAUCAUCAUUCAAAUUCUUGUUCUACAGGAAAUAUCUCAAUACCCAGUGUUGGAAGUCAUUUGGCCAUGAUUCCUGGAAUGACUCAUCUUGGUUUCACAUCUCUCCAAUCGUCUUUUCCAACAAGUGUCAUUACUACUACUAAUGACCAAAUAUUUUCUGAAUCAACUGAAAACAACAACAGAAUUCAGUAUGUUCAGACCUCUAGUGUGUCUUCUCAGUCAGUUUCACAGAGUGAUUUUACUCAGGAAAAUAAUUCAUCUGUUGAAAAACAAAUGAUGAAUUCGGUUGCUUCAACCGCUUCAUCUCAGUUACAAUUUUUGGCAUUUCAUCAACAACCACAUCAACAGUUUCAGCCUCAAAUUAAAUCAGAGCCAGGACUUACAUCUUCUGUUGGGGCAGGAAGAACAGAAGGUAGGACUGUUUUAACACCUUGGCAUCCACAGACAAUCAAUACAAGCGCUUUGCUUUUAGCACAAAACUUUGGAUCUCCAAAUAAUUCUCAACCAACAGUUUGUCAGUCGCAAAAUAAUCAGUUAAAUAUUUCUGAAUCACUUGAUUCUACUACAGAUAUAAGAUCGAGAGCAUCACCUUCUAGUGUUAAAAAACAGCAGACAGAAAUUGGUAAACAAGGACAGGAAGAAUCACAAUCAGAUACUCACUCCCAUGACAGUCAGCAACAGAAGUUGCCAUCUCCAAACUCAGAUAGUUUUCUCUCAUCUCCGAUUGCACCUUCGACUUCACAAUCGUCUAAUGAAGCUACAUUUUCCUGCUCUCAGUUGCCAGCAGAACAUAACAUAAAUAUUGGUAUUAGUUCGGACAAUGUGUUUAGACAACAUUCUAUUCCUUUAAACCAGUCGUUAUUAUCAUCUGAAAUAUCUCUUGCAUCAAAUAACGAGUUAGAUAAUGUUGUCACAUCUGUUACAAAUACGGGCACUACUGAAACAGAACAGUCUCAAAUUAACAGUCCCCUAUUGCAACAGUUACUGACUCCACCGCAACAUUUGGAUUUACUACAAACAUCUGGAAAUGAUAGUUCUUUAUCAAAUACUACAAUUACAAGAGCUGCUUUACUACAACAUGCUCUUUUUGCACCUAAUCAUCAUCAGUCUCUACAACAAGGUCUAUUUCCAAAUUGGAAUCAGGUUUCAUUUUCUUUUCCAAAUGCAAGUAGUAACAGCAAUUCAAGAUAUGGGCAAGAGCCAAAACCAGUUGAGUGCAAUAUGUGUCAGAGAAGAUUUAAAAACAUUCCAGCUCUUAAUGGCCACAUGAGAUUACAUGGUGGUUAUUUUAAGAAAGAAAAUGAUGUGAAGAAACCUGAUCGUAAACAACUUGGUACUUCUCAAAACCCACCUUUACAGACUGCUAGCACCAAUGUUCGUGCUCUAAUAGAAGAAAAAAUUAUCCAAAAAAGAACAUCUGCACAAGCCAGUUCACAAAUUUUGUUAGAUACAAUGCCACUUGAUGGAAAUUUCUUUCAAACAUCAUCAAAUGAACAGAACAUGACAGGAACAUCGUCUAUUGCCAAUGCACAGUUUGUUUCUAAUAACAUACAAUCUCCUGCACUCAGUCCAGUUUCUCAGGAUAACUCACUCUUCUCCAAUUUUCCUGUAACUAGUCAAAAUAAUACACUGUAUGAUAUUUCUAAAAAUAAUGAUCAAGAACCCGUGUCUUCCUUUGAUUGGCAAAAACAAAUCCACGAAUUGAAAGAAGACUUCAGAGUUCCUCACCCUCCUGCUGAAAAAUUAAGACGCCAUUCUGAUUCUGAUCAUUUUAUUCCAUCAAAACGUCCGUGUCCAAAUUAUACUAGGAGUGCUCUAGCUGAUCUAUUGAGAAAGAAAGUUGUGGCUAAACGCACGUCUCGUACUGGUUCUGAUCCUGGUGAACCUCUCUUGCAUGCCGAAAGUCCUCAAACUAAUUCAAGUCCUUCAACUCCCAGUACUCCUGUACCUAAUCCUCCAUCAGAUCUUACACCUCAUAUUCAAUUUUCUAAUGAAAAUCCACUCUCUCUUGUUUCAAAUCAAAAUUUAUCAGCAUUACAGUUGGAAGAAUCUGAUCUUCCAAUGUCAAUUGAAGAGGAAAUGAUAAAAUCAAGUAAUUCAGAUGUAUGUUUAUCAUCAUCAGUGCUUUCGUCAGUGAAUCAUCUGCCAACAAACCUUUCUAUUUUGGAUAAUGACUCUAAAAAGCAUAUAGAUAAUUCUCAGUGGUCAUGUAAUCUUCCAUUACAUUUCUUUGGAAGUGAAAUUCAACCUACAAUUUCAGCAGCAACUAUUACAUCUGUUCCUUCAACUGUGAUUGGAAGCACAAGUAACUGUGUGCGAAAUCGUUCUGGUGAAGAUAGUAAUGAUGACGACGUGUUUUUAAGCCCCGUUAGUCUCCCUACUAGUCCGCUUAAAAUAAAGAGAAAACAUCGUCCAGAACCUCUUUACAUACCUCCUUAUGUCAACAAUUGUGGCUUUACUAGUCGAUUGCGAUCUCCAAGACUGUGGGAUCCAUCAAAUCCAGAAAACAAAAAUGCGAGUCCACCUCCUUAUACUCCUCCUCCGAUGCUUAGUCCCGUGAGGAGUGGUUCAGGAUUAUUUUGGCACAUCAUAACCAGUUCAGGUAGUCUGACGCCAAAAUCUGCACCAAUAACUCCGAAUUUUUCUCUACUCAGAAAAAGCAGCAUAAAUGAACCACCACCAGAAGAAGAAGAGUUAAGUGAAGCUCCAGAAACUGAUAUUUUACCACAUGUAAAUAUUGGUUCGCAAUUUCAAGCAAGAUUACCACAUUUUAAUUCAAAUAAAUCUGAUGCUUUGAAGUGUGAAGAUAAGGCUGACAAAGUAUGGGAUCCAGUAGUUGCCAAUAAUCUGUUAGAUGAAGAAGUGGAGACAUAUUUAGAACUGUCAUGUUCGUCUGUUGUACCUGGAAAUGGAAAAAAUAAAGAAUAUGCACUACACGUACUUCAUUUAGCACAAGGAAAUAUACAAGAAGCAAUUUUACAAUUAAUGAAUCCAGCUCCUACAUUACCAGCUGGUCAUCCACUACUUACUUAUCAUUAUCCAGAAACUGAUAAAUGGACUCCAGAAGAUAUAGAAACAUAUCAUCAAUUAUUAAUCAGAAAUGACAAAGAUUUCUUCAGUAUUGCACAAGAGAUGCAGUCAAAAAGUGUGAAGCAAUGUGUUCAGUUUUAUUAUAUCUGGAAGAAGGUGUGCCCUGAAGAAUAUAAACGGCUAAGACUUAUUCGAAGACGACGUGAACAGCAGUCUCAAGAAAAUAUGAUUUAUGUCACAAGAAAUCAAACAUCAGAUUGUACUGAAAAUGAAAAAGGAGAUGUACAAGAAGCAAAUGAUAGAGAAAUGCAGUUCUCAGAUACAACAGUGACUAGUGGAAAUGGCCUCGUUAUUUCUAAUGGAGCAAGUCCUGUUCAGAAUACUGGUGAAGCUACAAAUCAUUCAUCACCUUCUAGAACAGCUAAUGGAUCAAAUUUUAUACCUAUUGUUGGUACCUGUGAUAUGCCUCUGGAACCUUUAGAAGAAUUCCCUUGUAAAAUUUGUGGAAAAAUCUUCAAUAAAGUAAAAAGUAGAAGUGCUCAUAUGAAGAGUCACAGACAGACUGAAGCUGAGAAGAAGAAUAAAUUUGAAUGUUAGAGGAUAAAUGUAGAACUAAUUGCUGAAGGAAAAAAAAAACAUUCAGCUGGCCAAUAUUGUGAUCAUUUUUUGCUCACUCCAAAUAUUAGUGAAUAAUAAUACAAACAUAACAUUUUAAAUAGAUUAUAAGAUUAAUAUUUUAGAUUGUUGCAUAGAUGUAUUUAAUUACAUUUGUUAUAUUUAGAAGGGGAAAAAAUGUUUUAGAACAUGUUAUUGUUUUUGCUAUCAGUUUUGUUUGGAAUUUUUUUUAUCUCCACUAAAAAAAAGGAAAAAAAGAAAAAAAUUUAUUGUCAGAUACCUGUAAUAAUAAAGAAAAAUAUACUUGCCUUAAUUAUACGUGACAAUUAAAAUAUUAUUGUAUAUAAAUGCCUUUUAAUCCAAGAGAAUUUGUUUUGAAUGAAUCAGAACUAAAUUUUGAGCCUUAUUAUAGAAUUACGACGGAAUUAAAUCUGUUACUCGCCGCAGUGAGAAAAUGAUUAUAAGCGGAGUUAUAUAUUAAUUGAAAUGAUUAUUAUCUGUUUGAAUUGAAAAAUGGAAAUUAUAUAAUUUUUAAAAUUAAGCCUUCGGUGUUGUCAGUGAUCUAGAUAUAUCAUAGUUGACCCUUCCGGGAUGUACGGUUCUGCAAUGUAUCAUAUCAUUCGUACUAUUUGUGGUAUCACCCGAAUCAAUGUUACAAAAGGUUUCGAUAUGUAUAGAUAUAUAUAUAUAUAUAAAUGAUCUCAACAAAAAAAUGAAGCUGUUAUCAGCUGCUCAAAUAUAUCCUAGUGACAAUAACAGCCCUUAAAUAUGUACAGUAUAUACAAUAUAAAUAUAUAUUAUAUACAGUGCAUGAUGUUCUGAGCUUACGUCACUUAAAAAAUUUGUUGGUCGUCUUUAUCUAUGUUUUGUGCCAUAACCGUAGUUUUCCUCAUGUUAGAGUUGAUCGCGUAAAAAUACGAGUUAUAAACUUAUUAUAUGAACGAAGAUCUCGUCCAUAAAAUAAGCUCAAAAAACGUGUUGUCACCGAGAGAAUUCUAUAUAAA